AUGAAUUAAGAGGCAUUGUAUUAAAUUGCAGGUCCAAGAACUCAGACUGAGAUCUUCCUUGACAACAUACCCUAUACCGACAAUGUGGUUUACGAAUCUAGAAGUUCCCCAUAACAACUUUAAUCUGACAAAUCCGAAGAAUGGACACAAGUAUUUGACUUGGAUGACGCAGCUUUAAUUGUAUGGGUUGAGAACGAUCUAUUACUAAUGAAGCUACUACAUUUCACAGACUAGCCCUUGAAGUAAUACUACGGAUUAAUCUAAAGGAAUGUUCUUUCUAUGCCUACAGAAAUGAGUACUGGGAACUUUGGCUUUCUAAAAACUGAGAACGAUGAAAAGAAUCAACUAAAGUAGAUAUUUGAGAAGUACUCUACCGCCAAAUUAAGAGUUGAUGGAAGAAUAGUACAAAACUUAGCUUUAACCGACAGCGUCAAGCUAAAUUCAUCUUAUAGAAGAGUAGGAGGAGAGAUAGAUUUGCAACGAAAGACUCUAAGCUUCGUGACAACUUCAAAUGUGCUAUAUUAAGUUGAUUUCGAUAGAUACUAUCUUAAGAAUAAGGAGAGUUUAUAUGUAAAGGUAAUGGAAUUAACAGAGAUUACUGGCCAAGUGAGAGCUUUCGAUGUCUGCUAUGACUACACCAACAAUCAAAGCGUACUUGCAGUUGGUUCUUCAAUAAUAGUCAAAGACUUUGAUAAAAAUGACUCUAUUAAGGAUGCUCAAGAGUUAGCUCUUACAUUCGUAAAAGCAGAUCCAACAAAUGUGAAUGAUCUUGUAUAUCACUAAGUUAGACAUGAAGAUUUAUUCAGUACUUCCUCAUCUUAUCUAGGAUUUGUUAAAGUCUUAAAGAAGGGUAUCAGUAACAUUGUAAAUAGGACCUAAUAAUAAUUUAUUGGUUCAAAUAAAAGAGUCCUAACCACAGUUAUACGUUAAACUGGUAGAGUUGGCUUUGAAGAGGGCAUAGUUUCUAUUAAAUCAUUAACCAAUUGUCUAAUAGCUGUUGUCUACACGUCAGGUAUUCUUAAAAUUUGGUCUGUUGUGACUGGCUAAUGCCUAUCUUAUUAUGAUCUUUUUGAAUAAGGAGAAGAUGAGAUGAAUAAAUCAAAACAGAAUAAAAGAGUCAUCAAUGCUAAAAUGCAAUCACUGACCUAUAGAAUGCACAUUGAAACUCAAUCUAAAUCUCUUAAACUUGUGAUUGCUUAUGAGGAGACCUCCAUGCUUGAUUACAACUGUCAUUGGAUUGUCGAUUAGUUCAAUCUAAACUUCUAGAACCUGUCAGCUGACUAAUUCGAUAGGACUAAUGAAGAUUUCCUUGAUUUGAGCAAUCAGGAUUUAGAGAUGAUUCAUCAUUUUUAGACAUUCAUUGAUGAAGAAGCUAAGGUUAAGGAUAUUAUUCUGGAGUCUAGCAAUAGAACAAGUCAUUUGUGGCUAGUAACUCAUUCAUAAACAGAGGGCUCUAAGAUUACUGAUAUGCUUGAACCAGUUGAACAAGUAUGGUCAAGAAAUCUAUAGUAGCAAUAUUAUCAACUAUUUGAUGAAAUGGAUUUACCUCAUGAACUCAAGAUAAAUAACGAUUCACCUUACAAAAAAUAAAUCUAGGAGCACUACCACAAAAGAUUAUCCCUUCCAGGAAGGUUUUCGGAUAUGUCGUUCAGAAAUGUAUUCGAAUAAAAGGGCAUCUCAGCUGAUUAUCUCAAAAGAACUCCAGUUCUUACCAUUCUUGAAAACGUAUGCAGUAGGUAUAAUUACCUAGAACUGGAAGGAAUAAGGCAGAGUUUAAUCAAAAUUGAAUAGUACAAUUCACAAAUAUAUGGGAUUUCACCAUAGUUCAGAGAUUUACCGUUUAGAUUAGUACUUAGGCCUAUAGGUAUAUCACUGCUUAAAACUGAUUCUCUUUAUGCUAGUCUUGUUUAAAGAUCUAAUGCAUUAACUGGAGAGAUAGCCAAAGUCUUAACUUAUGAGAACUCCUAUCAAUCAUCAACCUAACCAUCAAAAUUUGAUAAUAAUAUAUCAGGAAAAGAUCCGUUAUCACUACUUGAACUAGUAACCACUCAUUAAGAUAAUCCCAUUCUCUUAUUAAUAUCAGCAAUGCAACUUUUGCACCUAUAAUCACUUCCAGCUAUCGAUUAGUUCAUUAUGGAGGGAAAUAACUAACUUGACUUGCAAGAUUUGAUUAUCUAGGUUUUUAGAGAGAGCUGCCAGUAUGAAGCCUUGAACAAUGAGAUUUUGAGAGUUAUUAACAGCUAAAGAAUGACUAUAGAAUAAAAUCUCAAUCAGCUUAUUGAUUAAUUGGUUCUAUAGCUAUUAGAGUAGAAUGCCUCAGAUGGGAGAUCGACUAAUAAAAUGAGAGGAUAUGAUCCAAUUGAUGAGAAUAAUUAUCAUCUCAAUGUAUUAAAGAUAAUUGAGCGUGGAGUCUAGUCUGAGCUUUAAGCUCUUUAACAACUGAUUAGAGAUCUUUUUAUUCUCAAGAUAUUCAUUCAGGAGACUAAAGCUAUACUUAAUAUGAAUGGCAAUGUGAUAGAGAGUGACAACAAAAGACUGGAAUCCCUAAGCUUUUGGCUGACCUAAAUUACUAGUCUUAAUUAAAUACUUGCAUAGACUAUUGAGUAUAAGAUCAUGAAAUAGAAUAGCUUCUCAAAGAUGAGUGUGCUUGAUAGAAUCUUAGCUACUGGUGUGAUUUAAAACAGCUAGCAAGUUCCUAUCUCCCUUAUAUUGUUACUCUCAAUUCCAGAUACAUACCUUCACAGUCCAUUGUCAAAUACAUUCAAUCAGUUUGAUAUUUCUAUUAAGCAAUACGGAGCAGAUGGAACUCAGUAGCAUGCAAUAGUUGAACAUAGAAUGGCCAUGUUUGCUAAUAUCUUGGUUAGAUUUUUGUAGAAGUACUCUUUCAAAGAAAACAUUUCAGAUGAGACCUAUGUUCCCUCAAUCGUCAGAAAGCUUUAUCUUCUUAGAUAAUACAACUUGAUUUCUAAGUAUUUGGCACCGUUAAAUGAAUUUAGUACUAUAGCUUUGGAAUUUUUAAGAGCUCUAUUAGCUGCUAACACGAAUUAACCUUCAUAAUACUUGGAGCAUAUGUACAUUUGCCUCGCAAGAUUCCAUUAAAGUUUGGCAAAUAAUGUUUAGCUAAAAGUAUUCAGUCUAGUGCUGAACAAAAGAGAAAUUGUAGAGGUUAGAAAUAACAUGAAUGCAGCUAACUAGAAUAAUAUCGUUGUGUAGUUCUAUCUGGCUCUGAUCUUUCAAUUAAAAAAUCUAGAUGAAAAAUACUCUUUAUUCUUGAUAAGUUCUGCCUUGUUGGAGGAUUAAAUUAUAUAACUGAGCUUUGAGGAUUCAUAAGUUAAUAUGAGUGAAAAGGAUUACUUCUAUGAUUUGAUGUACAAAACUGCCAGUAUCUAAAGAUCAGCUGAUUACCUUUAUCAAGCUUGCACAUAAAUUUAAAAUCUACAAAGAAAGAGAGUGAUACUUGGAUCAUUCAUUGAGGUGGCAAUAUAAUCACCAAAUAGUCAAUACCUCCUUUGUACCUAGUACUAUUUCACAUAAGAUGAGAUAGAUAUGGCUUUUGACUAUUUGAUGAGUAGAGCAAAUAGUUAUCUGACGACUGACACUAGAGGACAACUUACAGUGACCUAUAUGGAUGCUAAAAGAAAUAUCAUGAAUUUAAUAAGAGCUCUUAACAUUAUCACCUAAAUCUACGAUAGGCACAUUGAGUUUUCUAGAUAUCUAUGGUCCUUAAGCUAAAGUAUAGAUGUAGUUAUCAGCAGUAUUAGCUGUGACUUCGCAACAGACUACAUUGAACUUUUAGAAUUAAACUGGACAAUUCUAGCCAUUAUUUAUCAGAAUGCUAAAUACUGUGGAGAGCAUUUCUUUAUCACCAAAGAAGAAGGAAUAAUAGAAGGCAAAAACUCAGUUAGUAACUCAAUUGCUUCUUCAAACAGACAAUCAUCUGCUUUAUAUUAACAGGAUGAUGGGCAUAAAAUUGAUCUAGGAAACUAGUAUUAAGAAUGUGAUGACUUGAUCAAAGAUUAUGGUCACAGUGUCCUCUAUGUCCUUGACUAGCAACGUAAAAAGUUCAGAAGUGGAAACAUGACUCUUUUGAAAAAGCAAGACCUACUCAAUUAAAUGAUUCUAAUAGAAGUCAAAAUCAAAUGUGGAUAGCUUGAUUGUCUCGACACUUCAGACCUAGAACUGCUUUACGAAUACUUGAUUGAAAAAAAUGAAUAUCAUCUUGCCACUAAAUUUGCUUUGGCUUUUAAACUUAGUGCUUGCUUACCAAUAGCUCUAAUAAUAAGGGAUGUAAGCAUAGAAAAAGUACAGUAAUCACCAUUGCAGUGGAAUGAAUGUAUAGAAAACGAUCAGCCUGUUAUUACAGCAAAAUAAUUGCCCCGAGAGGACGGAUAAUUUGUUGAUCUUUUCGAGAUUCAAGUCUAAACAGCUAGAUACGCACUCACAAUCCACCAGCUCAUUGAAGUAGCUUAAAAUUUAAAAAGACUUGAUCAUAGAAUACCUCACUGCAUUUAGGACCUAAUAGUUGAUUAAGGACUGAUUAUUGUGCUAGUAAAGCUCUAUCUAGCAAAGAUAAAAGAAGACGACGUCUAGCAUGUCUUUACUGUUAUGAGAAAAUAUCACGAGAGAGCGAUAACAGAUCUUACAAGCUGCGAUAUUAACUUCCUCGCAAUGAUCAUUUAGAAUACUAAUGAAGCUCUUGAUGCAAACGUUUAACAUUUGGCAUAUCUUGAGUAAAACAAAGCAAGUCUAUAAGUUCACAUAGAUCAAUAAAGAAAAAAUGAGCCUCAAAGAAUAAGAAUAUCUAAUAAAAAGAUGCUCGAAGAUUUAGAAAGAUUCAUAAACGUUAGAUAAGUACAUCAAAACAGAAUAAAGCAUAAGUUGCAAAAAACUGAAUUGGUCAAGGAAUAAUUAGACUUAGAGAAGGAAAUUUAGGAAACUUAGCAAAUCAUAAAUCACUGCUCAAUGCUCUUAGUCGAAUUCAAAACAAUUCUUGAUUUGACUCUUAAAAAGCUAUGA